AUGGGACUUGUGGUUGUAACCCAGCUGAUGGGAGAGUUUGGGGAGUUGGAAAAAGUGAAGGAGGAGACCUUCCUGAUUGUUCCGCUUGUCGAAGCUGAUUCUGGAAGUUCGGUGCAGAACGGACGCCCUGCCGCGUGUACAGUACAUGUACAUGCGGGAAUCCUUUUCAGCAGCAGCGGUUGUGUGACUCCUACCACCGGCGGAGGGGGAGAGAAGCAAAAGACGAUUCAGGAUUUCGCACCCGAAACAGAAUGGGGGUUGCAGGACCUGUGCUGUAGGGAGUUGAUGAUGCUGUCUACAACUCGGUCGUUCUUCGCCUGCAUUCAGCCCUAUUACAUGCUGUUAGCCACAUUCAGGUACGCAGGAAUGAUUCCAUCGUCAGGCAGUGUGUUCCGAAUAACGAGUAAUGGCGAAAAUAAUGCCGAGCAUGGGAGCACCGGCAUAUGCACCAUCCAUACGCCCUGCCCUCACGCCCUUGAUGAUAUCGUAUGGCUUUCCAAUCAUUGA